AUGCAGCACCCUCAGGCGGCGGACAGGACAGUCACCCGGUUCUACGUGGAUGACUACUUGGACUCGGUCGACACCGAGAGCGAAGGACGAGAGUUGGUUAACUCUCUCAACUCUCUCCUGACCGCUGGUAGAUUCCAUCUGACCAAGUGGACCAGCACGUCAGAGAGGGUGCUGCAAGAUAUCUCACCUGAGGAUAGGUGCGAUGAGACACGCGAUCUGGACCUGGACGACGAGGCACAGUGGAAAAAGACGCUGGGAGUUCACUGGUGUGUUCAAGAUGACCAGUUCAGGUUCAAGGUCAGGAUCGUCAAGGGCGAGAACACGAAGCGCUCCAUUCUGAGCAGCGCCUCGGCGGUGUUUAGCCCGCUCGGCAUCCUGGCUUCGUUCACCAUCCGAGCCAAGCGCAUCAUUCAGAAGAUCUGGCCGGGAGGAUGGGACUGGGACGAGGUCAUCACCGACGCAUAA